AUGGGCAACGUAGAGAGCCAGAACAGCGACCAUACCUUCUACGGUACCCAACAUGGCCACCUGUCCCGCAAGCACACGUCUCGCUCCCUCCGCAUCUCCAACAAGCACCAGUCCAGCUCCGGUUCCACCCGCCGCUCCCACGACCGCCACACCUCUCAGGGCAAAGUAGAGCACCGUAACUCUGAGACCUCCACGCGCUCCAGCAGCACCCCUAGUAUCCCCCAGUCUCUAGCGGACAACGCCCUGGAGCCCUUCAACCAGACCAAUGUCCUGUCAGACUUUUCCCCUAUCUGGGUGGACCGCAUGGCCAUGAACCUCCGGCCCGUCUCCUUCCAUACCCACCUGGAGAACCCCUCUGUAGGGCCCCAGCUGGACAAACCCUCUGUAGGGCCCCACCUGGACAACCCCUCUGUAGGGCCCCAGCUAGACGCAGCAUCACCAGGGGCUAGACCCCAGGGGCCCCAGGACAGAGGACUAGGCCUGUACAGUAACACUGGGGAGGUGACCUACCUCCAGAAGACCAGAGAUGGACCCAGGGAACCCCGGGACGGGGUCAGCUUCAAGAAGAAGAGGUCCAAAUCAGCUGACAUGUGGAGAGAAGACAGUCUGGAGUUCAGUCUGUCAGACCUCAGCCAGGAACACCUCACCAGGUUAGAGAAGUCAGACCUCAGCCAGGAACACCUCACCAGGUAGAGAAGUCAGACCUCAGCCACGGGAAACACCUCACCAGGUUAGAGAAGACAGACCUCAGCCAGGAACACCUCACCAGGUUAGAGAAGACAGACCUCAGCCAGGAACACCUCACCAGGUUAGAGAAGUCAGACCUAGCCAGGAACACCCUCACCAGGUUAGAGAAGUUCAGACCUCAGCCAGGAACACCUCACAGGUUAGAGAAGUCAGACUUCAGCCAGGAACACCCUCACCAGGUUUAGAGAAGUCAGACCUCCGCCCAGGAACACCUCACCAGGUUAGAGAAGUCAGACCUCAGCCAGAACAACCUCACCAGGGUUAGAGAAGUCAGACCUCAGCCAGGAACACCUCACCAGGUUAGAGAAGUCAGACCUCAGCCAGGACACCUCACCAGGUUAGAGAAUCAUACCUCAGCCAGGAACACCUCAACCAGGUUAGAGAAGUCAGACUUCAGCCAAGGAACACCUCACCAGGUUAGAGAAGUCAGACCUCAGCCAGGAACACCUCACCAGGUUAGAGAAAGUCCGACCUCAGGCCAGGAACACCUCACCAGGUAGAGAAGAUAGACCUCAGCCAGGAACACCUCACCAGGUUAGAGAAGUCGACCUCAGCCAGGAACACCUCACCAGGUUAGAGAAGUCAGACCUCAGCCAGGAACACCUCACCAGGUUAGAGAAGUCAGACCUCAGCCAGGAACACCUCACCAGGUUAGAGAAUGACUGUGAUAUGCUAUGACUGUGAUAUGUGGUUGUCACACCUAGCUACCUUAAGACGAAUGCACUAACUGUAAGUCACUCUGGAUAUGCUAAAUGACUCAAAUGUAAAUGUAGAUAAAUAGCCAACUGGAGGGUUGUCAGUUCAAAUCCAAUUCUUCCAUCUUGUAUGGAUUAAUAAAGUAUUCUCCUCUCUCUCUCUCUCUCUCUCUCUCUCUCUUUUCAGCACAGAGGAUAUCAUCGACACCGAGGAGGCAGACGACAGGGACUUCCCUGAUUGUGAAGGCCUGAUGGGGCUCGUGUCCCCAGAGGGCGUGGAGGGUGUGGACGCAGCAGGCCGGGCCAACUCCCUGGACCAGCUGUACGGAGUUCCGAAGAGCCCGACCCGCCGGCCCGCGGCGCGCUACGCCAAGUGGCACUACGACGCUAAACGCGCCGCCCGGGAGGGAGAGGACGAUAAGAUGCUGUCUCCGUCGGAGGAGGACGGGAACUCGUACGGAGCGUUCACUCUGCCCUGCCGACGCUCACACUGCCUGUCCGAGGGCCUGACCAACCACCAGGCUGCCACCUGUAACGCCAUGCAGGGCCGCAGGGCACAGACCAUACAGGUACUGUAACACCAUGCAGGACACAGACCACACAGGCACUCUAGGAGUACAGUCGCUAGUGAGAGACUACACACCCCUUGCACAGUCUUCACCUCUACCUGUGUGUGUGUGUGUGUGUGUCCCACCUGUGUGUGUGUGUGUCCAGGAUGUGACGGCCGGAGAGGGCAGUGAGUAUGAGGACAGUGGCAUCGACGGGGUGACGGCGGAGGGGGCGGAGCAUCAGUCCCGACGCUAUAAGACCAUGUCUAUGUCCUUCUCCGUGUGCUCGGCGGCAGGGCGGAGCAUGUUCGCUGGCAGCGACAGCGGAAGCAGCAGUGGGGGAGCGCCCAGUGAGGGGGUCCAGGGUGUCUAUGAGAACUUCAGACAGGUGGGAUGCUGAGGCUUGUACACACUGGAAGGAAAAUACUUAACCCUCCAUACCUGCACAAAGUUAAGAGCUUUGAGCACCUGGUCGAAAAGUGCUUUAUAAAUGUAGUGAUCCGUAAUUAUGAUCGUCAUCAUGCUACACACGUGUUUCUAAACCUUCUUUGGACCAGGGGGCAAGCUAUGGUCCUUUUUGUUGAGGACCGGCAAGCUAACAGUGGAUGAGAUAGCUUUCUUUAUACAUGGUACAAUGCCUUGAGCACCUGAUGGAAAAGUGCUGUACAUUGAAUCUAUGAAAUGAUUGUCAUCCCCCUCAUACCUGUGUUUGCUAUACUCUUUUCAUUUAGUCUGUGAUUCAGUAGUUUAUGCUACAAACAAUUUGCUGUUCGUUCUGGGACAAUAAAGCUUUAUUGAUUUGAAUGUAACGUUCUUAUGAUCAGGAGUUGGAGAUGAGCUCAUGUCAGACAGAGAGUCUGGAGGAGGCAGGGUCAGCACUGAGCGACGAACAGAGCAUCAUGAGCUCAGCCUACCAAUCAGAUCCCCUGCUCAGCGUUGCCCAAGGAACCGUGAGGAAGGCGGGCCGUCUGGCCGUCAAGAACUUCCUGGUUCACAAGAAGAACAAGAAGGUGGAGUCAGCCACCAGGAGGAAGUGGAAGACCUAUUGGGUCUGCCUCAAAGGUACAUACCCUAUAUACUGUAUCUAUACACACUACUAGGUAACGCAUUACUUGACACCCAGUGUCAUAACACCUUAUGAUACAGUCAUAACCUGUCAUAAUAUGACCAUAACACUGUCAUGACACAUAUAUUUACACCUGCUGUGUAUUACUGCUACUACUAUACCCUGUUACUACUAUUACUACUACUACUACUAUACCCUGUUACUACUAUUACUACUACUACUACUAUACCCUGUUACUAAUUACUACUACUACUACCUACUUACCCUGGGUUACUACUAGUUAUGCUACUACUAUUACCCUGUUACUACUAUUUACUACUACUACUAUACCCAUGUUAACUACUAUGACUACUACUACAUACCCAUGUUAACUACUAUCCUACUACGACUAUACCUGUUGACUUACUAUCUACAAUACUAACUAUACACUGUUACUACUAUUACUACUACUAUACCCUGUUACUACUAUUACUACUACUACUAUACCCUGUUACUACUAUUACUACUACUACUAUACCCUGUUACUACUAUUACUACUACUACUACUAUACCCUGUUACUUACUACUACUAUACCCUGUUACUACUAUUACUAACUACUACUAUACCCUGUUACUACUAUUACUACUACUACUAUACCAUGUUACUACUUUAUUACUGCUACUACAUAUACCCUGAUUACUACUAUUACACGUACUAUUACUACUACCUGUUACUACUAUACCUAUACCCUGUUACUAUAUUACUACUACUACUAUACCUGUUACUACUAUACUACUACUACUAUACCUGUUACUAAUAUACUACUACUACUACUAUACCCUGUUACUACUAUUACUAACUACUACUAUACCCUGUUACUACUACUACUAUACCCUGUUACUACUAUUACUACUACUACUAUACCCUGUUACUACUAUUACUACUACUACUACUAUACCCUGUUACUACUACUACUACUACACCCUGUUACUACUAUUACUACUAAUAUACCCUGUUACUACUAUUACUACUACUACACCCUGUUACUACUAUUACUACUACUAUACCCUGUUACUACUAUUACUACUACUACUAUACCAUGUUACUACUAUUACUACUACUACUAUACCUGUUACUACUACUAAUAUACCAUGUUACUACUAUUACUACUACUAUACCCUGUUACUACUACUACUAUACCCUGUUACUACUAUUACUACUAUACCCUGUUACUAAUAUUACUGCUACUACUAUACCCUGUUACUACUAUUACUACUACUACUAUACCCUGUUACUACUACUACUACACCCUGGUACUACUAUUACUACUACUACUAUACCCUGUUACUAAUAUUACUACUACUACUAUACCCUGUUACUACUAUUACUACUACUACUAUACCCUGUUACUAAUAUUACUACUACUACUAUACCCUGUUACUACUAUUACUGCUACUACUACACCCUGUUACUACAUACUACUACUACUAUACCCUGUUACUAAUAUACUACUACUAUACUAUACCUGUUUACUUACUAUUAACUGAACUUACACUACUACUACCCUGUUACUACUAUUACUACUACUACUACACCCUGUUAUUACUACAUACUACUACUACUACUACCUGUUACACUACUUACUACUACUAUACCCUGUUACUACUUACUACUACUACUACUACUAACCUGUUACUACUAUUACUACUACUAUACCCUGUUACUACUAUUACUUACUACUAUACACCCUGUUACACUCUUACUAUUACUACUAUUAAUACUACCCUGUUACUACUAUACUACUACUACUAUUACCCUGUUACUACUAUACCUUUACUAUAUUACUACUACUAUUACUAUACCCUGUUACUACUACUACUACUACUUACAUACCUGUUACUACUACUACUAUAUCUUACUACUAUUACUACUACUUAUACACCCUGUUACUACUAACUACUACUACUAUGUUACUACUACUACUACUACCUGUUACUAUACUACUACUUUACUACUACUAUACUAUACACCCUGUUACUACUACUACUACUACUACUACUAUAACCGUUACUAAUAUACUACUACUAACCCUGUUACUACUAUUACUACUACUACUAUACCCUAUACUAUACUACUACUACUAUACCCUGGUUACUACUAUACUACUACUACUACUACUUUACUACCCUGUUACUACAACACUAUACUACUAUACCUGUUACUAUUACUAUUACUACUACUACUACACCCUGUUACUACUAUUACACUACUACUAUACCCUGACAUAUACUACUACUACUAACCAUGUACUACUAUAUACUACUACUACUAUACCCUGUUACUACAUAUUACUACUACUAUACACUAUACCUGUACUACAUACCUUACUACUACUACUACUAUACCCUGUUACUACUAUACUACUAUAACCAUGUUACUACUUUACUACUACAUACCCUUUACUAUACCCUGUUUAUACUACUAUCACCCUGUUACUACAUUACUACUACUACUACUAUACCCUGUUACUUACUACUAUAUACCCUGUUACUACUAUUAUAUACUACUAUACCUGUACUACUAACACUACUACUAUACCUGUUACUACUAUUACUACUACUACUAUACCCUGUUACUUACUAUUACUACUACUACUAUACCUGUUACUACUAUACUACUACUAACCUGUUACAUACUAUACUUACUACUAUAUACUAUACCCCGUACUACUAUUACUAUACUACUUACCUGUUACUACUACUACUACUAUACCCUGUUACUACUAUUACUACUACUACUACUAUACCAUGUUACUACUACUACUAUACCCUGUUACUACUAUUACUACUACUACUAUACCCUGUUACUACAACUACUACUACUAUAACCCUGUUACUACUAUUACUACUACUACUACACCCUGUUACUACUAUUACUACUACUACUAUACCCUGUUACUACUAUUACUACUACUACACCAUGUUACUACUAUUACUACUACUACUACUAUACCCUGUUACUACUAUUACUACUACAAGAUACUACUACCUGUACUUACUACAUUACUACUACUACUACUAUACCCUGUUACUACUAUUACUACUACUACUAUACCCUGUUACUACUAUUACUACUACUACUAUACCCUGUUACUUACUACUACUACUACUACCCUGUUACUAUACUACUACUAUACCCUGUUACUACUAUUACUACUAAUAUACCCUGUUACUACUUACUAUACUAACUAUCCAUGUACUACUACUACUAUAUACCCUGUUACUACUAUUACUACUACUACUAUACCCUGUUAUACUAACUAUAUACUUACUACUAUUACUACUACUACUACUACCCUGUUACUACAUACUACUACUCACCCUAUUACUACUACUACUACUUAUAACCCUGUUACUACUAUUACUACUACUACUAACCCUGUUACUAUACUAUUACUACUACUACUAUACCUGUACUACUAUACUACUACUAAUACCCUGUACUACAUACUACUACUACACCUGUUACUACUAUUACUACUACUAUACCCUGUUACUACUAUUACUACUACUACUACACCCUGUUACUACUACUACUACUAUACCCUGUUACUACUAUUACUACUACUACUAUACCCUGUUACUACUAUCUACUACUACACCCUGUUACUAAUAUUACUACUACUACUAUACCCUGUUACUACUAUUACUACUACUAUAUACCCUGUUACUACUAUUACUACUAUACUACCCUGUUACUACUUUACUACUACUACAUAACCAUGUUACUACUAUUAUUACUACUUACUAUACCCUGUUACUACUAUUACUACUACUAUACCCUGUUACUACUAUUACUACUACUACUAUACCCUGUUACUACUACUACUACUACUACUAUACCCUGUUACUACUAUACUACUACUACUACUACUAUACCCUGUUACUACUAUUACUAUUACUACUACUAUACCCUGUUACUACUAUUACUACUACUACUAACCCUGUUUACUACUAUUACUACUACUACUACUAUACCUGUACUACUACUAUUACUACUACUAUACCCUGUUACUACUAUUACUACUAUCCCUGUUACUACUAACUAUACCCUGUUACUACUAUUACUACUACUACUAUACCCUGUUACUACUAUUACUACUACUAUAUACCCUGUUACUACUAUACUACUACUACUAUACCCUGUUACUACUAUUACUACUACUACUAUACCCUGUUACUACUAUUACUAUACUACUAUACCCUGUUACAAUUACUACUACUAUACCCUGUUACUACUAUUACUACUACUACUAUACCCUGUUACUACUAUUACUACUACUACUACUAUACCCUGUUACUACUAUUACUGACUACUACUAUACCCUGUUACUACAUUACUACUACUAACCCUGUUACUGAUUAUUACCUACUACUUACUACUAUACGUAUCUACUACUAUACCUGUAACUAUUACUACUACUACUACUUACCCUGUUACUACUAUUACUACUACUACAUACCCUGUUACUACUAUUACUACUACUAUAACCCUGUUACGACUAUUACUGCUACUACUGAUCCCUUAGACAUUACCUACUACACUAUACCCGUUACUACUAUACUAUACAAUACCCUGUUACUACUAUUACUACUACUACGAGCAUGACCGUACUACAUACCUGUACUACUAUUACUACAUACCCUGUUACUACUACACUAUUACCCUGUACUCAUUACAUACUACAUAACCUGGUUACUACUACUACUAUACUAUACCAGUAUACUAUUACUCUACUACUAUAACCGUUACUACUAUUACUACUACUACUAUACCCUGUACUACUAUUACUGACUACUAUACCCUGUUACUACUACCACAUUACCUGUUACUACAUUACUACUACUAUACCCUGUUACUACUAUUACUGCUACUACUAUACCCUGUUACUACUACUACUAUACCCUGUUACUACUAUUACUACUACUACUAUACACUGUUACUACUAUUACUACUACUACUAUACCCUGUUACACUAUUACUACUACUACCACUACCUUUACUAACACUAUCUACAUACUAACCCUGUUACUACUAUUACUACUACUACUAUACCCUGUUACUACUAUUACUACUACUACUAUACCCUGUUACUACUACUACUAUACCCUGUUACUACUAUUUACUACUACUACUAUACCCUGUUACUACUAUUACUACUACUACUAUACCCUGUUACUACUAUUACUACUACUACUACUAUACCCUGUUACUACUAAUACUACUACUACUAUACCCUGUUACUACUAUUACUACUACUACUACUAUACCAUGUUACUACUAUUAUGUACUACUAACUAUACCCUGUUACUACUAUUAUACUACUACUACUAUACCACUCUUACUACUAUACCCGCUUAUACUAUAGUACUAUACUUACUGGUACUACUUACGUAUACUACUACUAUACCCGUUACUACUAUUAUACUACUACUAUGACCAUGUUACUACUACUAUAUGAUACCCUGUUACUACUAUUAUACUACUACUAUACCUGUUACUACUAAUUACUUACUAUACCUGUUACUACUAUUACUAUACUUACCCUGUUACUACUAUACUACUAACCUGUACUACUAAAUGUUUACUACUAUACUAUAUACUACUUUCUACUAUUACACCUGUCACCAUAGGUCAUACUCCCUUUACAUGCAUACACAAGGAUGCUUUAAAAAACAACAUUUCAGAAACACACAUAUACGGUUCUGAAGAGACUAUUAAAUCUAAUUCUGGCCACUGCAUCUUUACAGUAAGCACGAUCUUUAUAACCCAGUGUAGACGACAUGGUUUCUGAAGACGAUUCUAAAACCUCUUGACUGACGAUACCGGUCUACGGAUCCUCUAUUCCCUAUAUAGGGCAUUAAAGGGUCCUGGUCAAAAGUAGUGCAAUCUAUAGGGAAUCGUGUGCCAUUUGGGACUUAAUCUAAAUAUCACAGAGUAGGCCUUUAAACCCACUUGAUUGGACCACAUCAUCAUUCUAGGGUCGCAUCAGCAUUCUAGAGUCACAUCAUCAUUCUAGGGUCGCAUUCUGAUGAUGCAUGCUCCCUCCUGGAGAAUCCAGACCUGCACUUCUUACCGCUGGCCACUGGAGAGCAGAAUUAAAUUGAUAAAACAAAUCAAGCUGUUAUUUAUUUAAUUUGUUUGUGUUAUCUGCAGGGAAAUGUCAACCUGUAAGAUAUUUAAAGGAAGAAAAGCUAUUACUCUCUAGAAAUAGACAUCACAUUAAAGUGGCACUCCAGUCUCCUUUUCGCCUCAUUUAACACCCGACUGACUUAACAAAAGGCACAUCUCAAUAGGUGGUCCAGUUAAGUGGUGACAUAGCACAAGUGGGAGUGGGGCUUUCCUCUUUUGUUCUCUACUGCUCCUCUGUUGUUCCUCAAGCGAGGGGGAGGCCGAUGACAUCACGACUUCCCAUCAGACCAACUCUUUAAAUGCCCUACUCCUUGAAGUCUGCAGUUGUCUAAAAAACACUAUUUUGCUCAAAACAUUUUUUUUUUCUUCCCUUGAGUGUGUACUUUACUGUAUUUAUACUUGGGAUAUAACUUUUCAAUUGGAAAAGUUCAAAAAUCACUGGAGGACAUUUUUAUUGAAUUGUUUCAAAUCGAUGCGUUUUGCACUUUGUGACAAAUGUUAUAGGAAAAAGGGCUAUAUACAUACAUGUGAUUGAUCAAUUGAUGGCUGUGAGUAACUUCCUUUUUCCCGUCUUCUCCCAGGAUGCACUCUGUUCUUCUACGAGACAGACGGGCGGUCGGGGAUCGACCACAACAGUGUUCCUAAACAUGCGGUGUGGGCUGAGAACAGUAUCGUCCAGGCCGUACCUGAACACCCCAAGAAGAACUUUGUCUUCUGUCUCAGCAACUCUCUAGGGGACGCAUUCCUCUUCCAGGUAGGUGCUGUGUGUGUGUGUGUGUGUGUGUGUGUGUGUGUGUGUUGCCUCAGCAACUCUCUAGGGAACACAUUCCUCUUCCUUGGUCAGGAAGACUGUGUCACCUCACAAUUUCACCUCUUUUGAUCUUGAUGAAAUUGUUAUGUGAAUGAAAACACCUCUUUCUAUGCAAUUGAUCUCAAAAGUGUCCGAUGAUCUAUCUUAGAUGUACAGUGUUCUAAUCUGCUUGGUCAUUUCUGUAUUCAGAGACCUGAUCUGUAUGACGUUAGUUGAAGGUGAAGAGGUAGAUAAUGUUAGUGUGCAGUAAAGGCCUCAAUAACCAUUUCUUGGCAAUCAAAUGCAGCUGUUGUUGACAGUAAAGGUGUCAAUGACCCAGGAGGUUAGCCCUUUAUUGACUGUCCCUGACCGCUCCUGUCCAUUAACCCUUGACCGCUAACCUCCAACCUCUAACCUCUGACCUCUGCCCCUCUAGACCUGCAGCCAGACGGAGCUGGAAAACUGGAUCACGGCCAUCCACUCGGCGUGCGCGGCGGCGGUUGCUAGGCAGCAUCACCGGGAGGACACGGUGCGUCUGUUGAGGGCGGAGAUCAGGAAGCUGGAGCAGAAGAUAGACAUGGACGAGAAGAUGAAGAAGAUGGGAGACAUGCAGCUGUCCGCUGUGACCGAUAACAAGAAGAGAAAGACUAUACUGGACCAGGUGAGAGAGAGAGAGAGAGAGAGAGAGAGAGAGAGAGAGGGAAGGAGGAGGGAUAGAGGGAGGGAAGAUGGGAGAUAUGUAGCUUUCUGGCGUGGCUUGCCCAUAGGGUGCAUGGAGGUUCAAAGGGGAAGAGUAGAUCUGACAGGUCCGAUGCCAUUUAGGGAUUUGUAGACCAGGAGGAUAAUUUUAAAGUCAAUUCUUUGAGGGACAGGUAGCCAAUAAGGUUGAAUAUUUUCUGGGUAUUUUAGAAAUUGUCCUACCCGACAAUAAAUCACUUUUCUCCCGGGUAACCCGGUAUUUCCCACCAAAACCGGAAGCGUCAUUCAAAAGCAUAUAAAGCGAAUAAAUAGUCUGUCUGGAUUUGAUUAGAGAUUUGAUCGAAAAUACAAGGCUGACGCUACCUGAGCCUGACGAGCACUACAUUAAAUACAUUUUAUAAUAAUAAUAAUAAUAAUAAUAAUAAUAAUAUGUCAUUUAGCAGACGCUUUUAUCCAAAGCGACUUACAGUCAUGCAUGCAUACAUUUUUUUUUUUUGUGUGUAUGGGUGGUCCCGGGAUUCGAACCCACUACCCUGGCGUUACAAGCGCCGUGCUCUAUGAGCACAAGCCCAAAAAAGCCCAAGUUAUUGUGCCGUUAUCCAAUGCAUAUAGUAUAUGAUGUAGGCUACUGCACAUUACGCACGACAGAAAAACAUAAAAACCCAUAGAUGUAGCUAGCUAUAUGCUCUCCUGGGUAAAUAAAUGAAACUAGCUCCAGUAGGCUAAUCUUUUUGAGUGUGAACUGUAUUACUGUACUGUAUUGUAUUAUACUGUAUUAUAUGGACUGGAAUUACGUACCUCGUUCAAAUCAUGAGAUCGCUGAGAGAACAUUCUGGUGCAGCACAUGCGGCUUACAAAGUUACAAGUAUAGGCUAGCGAAUAUUUAAAUAUAAUAAAGGCCUAUUUGUAUAAUUAAUAGGGCCGCGCAUGUACAGUACCUUUCUUACCUUUGUGGUCCUCUGCAGCUCAAUUGGUAGAGCACGGCGCUUGUAACGCCAGGUUAGUGGGUUCGAUCCCCGGGACCACCCAUACGUAAAAAUGUAUGCGCACAUGACUGUAAGUCGCUUUGGAUAAAAGCGUCUGCUAAAUGGCAUAUUAUUAUAAUAUUUCUAAUGUUAUUAGUCUUCCUCCUCUUUCUCUCUCUCUAUUGUUGCUUCAUUCCUUCCACGCUUUCAAACGUUAAAUUAACUACGUUUUGUUGUCCUUAUCUUCAUCAUUCUAGUGACAUGCUUGAAUAAUAUAGGACUAGAAUUAGAUGCAGAAGGCUUUCGCUUCUCUUCACGAAGAUCGAAUGGUUAUGGGUCUGAAUAAAUAACUGCUAUAGCCUACCUCCACCGCGCGUUCGCGCACCCUUUCUGUUGGCUGCUGUCAGCUCAAAACAUUGUGUUUUAACAUUCAGCAAACAAGAGCUUGGUGUCCCUCUUCGAAUAGUCUAUUGGUAUAACAAAUGCUAUUCUAGUCUAUCUUUUCCUGCAUUCCUGCGCAGGUGCGUGUCUAUUGCGCAAGAGACAGAGGCUGUAAAUUAGAAGCUUAUUAUGCACAACCCCUCCUUCAUUAGCUAAAUAUAAGGCUAAUACUGCAUUGCAGUUAUUACCUGAAAGAGGCAGGCUAGGACUGGAUACCUUGGACAGGAUGAUCUAUUUAGGAUGCAAUUUGAAUGGAAUUGAUGGGGAGCGGAGAGACUUCUCGCGCAUGCUCUGAUUUAAAGCAACGAUAUUCGAGUGAUAGGGCUGUUUAAAAAAAAUUCUGCAGCUGCAAUAAUAAAUAAAAAAUAUGGUGACCCCUGAAAGCCUGAUGCAUUCGGUCUUUAUAGUACUGUAGUGUAGGCUAUGCUGCAGCAAAUAUAAGCCUAACUGUCACAUGAAAAAAAAGGUACCAUGAUGAGAUGACAUGCAUUGUGAACUGCGCUCCAUACUGAGAUGGGCUGUCUGUCCCCAACAUGAGCGUUGAUGAUUCCUCAUGCAGAGGCUGUAGAGAAGCCAGAUUUAGACAUUGCAUAUAAUUUAACAGUUCCAUUUCACGUCAUACUGUUGAUAUAAAUAAUUUAUUGUAAAUGACCGGUUUCUCACCGUUAUUUAUCCUGUGAAAAGGGUGGGCGGUAAAUCUCGGUUACCGGGUUCCCGCCAUUCAACCCUAGUAGCCAAUGGGGGUGAUGUGGGCAGAACUUUUUUGUUUGUGUCAGAAUCCUUGCAGCACCGUUCUGAAUGA